AAGAUGCUUAUGAUUAACCGUCUAACUGUAGGACACAUUACGUCCGCCACAUUUCACUCGCUAAAAAUCCAAUUUUGCUGUUGGAGUGCUUGAGUUUCUAGACGAAUAUAACAGCAGCUGUCGAGUUAAAUCAGUUCAGACGAUUUGACUCCUUUUCAAGUAAACGAAAGUUUAACUCGUUCGCUUAGUUUUAAUUUUCAAAAUGCGGUGCCAAGUUGUUGUUUGUAAUGAAAAUGGUAAAUUGUAAAGAAAUUUAUCAUGCAUCAAGCGCCUUCGGUUAUAAUUUUAAGACUAAGAACAAUUUAUUUUCAGUGGCAUCGGCUUCGAGGUAAACGGGCAUCCUUGAGCUGAGGAUCCUGUGGUCGGCUCAGAGAUUUUCGUAAAGGAGUAUCUAAAUAACUUAAUACACUACACAGAAUAACUAAGAUACAAUCCAGAUAAACUGACGAUAAAACAUUGCAAAUCUGCAAACCUUAACGUUUAUCAGUGGAAUUUCAGAGUUAUCAGUCCUAAUAGGUAGAAAAUGCUUAACAUAGAGCAGUUUUUGCUACGGCAUACAUCAAAUUUAUAGACUUAAUUCAUGAAAGUGAAGAAUGAUCAUCGCAGUUACUUUUCCAAUUUAAGCAAUUGGAAAGAAGAAGCCUGAAAAAAUUCAGGGCUUCAACGGCAGAAAAGACCAAUAAGAAAGAAUUAUAGCGUUAUAGUUUCAACAAUAAGAAUAUAAUUCGGAAGCAAAGUUUAUUUAUUGGCUUAUCUCUUUAUCCUGAGUAUCAGAAUUGGUUUUAACUCACGAAAUACCCUAUUUUGCGGUAUUAAACCGGUGCUUAUCAUUGCGGCAUGACCAAGAUGUUUGGAGUUUUAUCUCAAGAAAUAUUAUUCAUUAUCUAUCCAAUAAUUUGGUGGUCGUUACAUAAGGAGCUCAUCUAUUUACAAACCUUAGCUUGCAAGAGAUGUUUUCGGCUAUUUAUAAAUACCUAGUUUAUCUUAACGAUUCUCCCAAAACAAAUAUUAUAACAUUCACCUGACACCAUUAACUGUGGAAGAGAUUUAAACAGGAUGUAUAAUUUGCCACGAGGUGGAAGAGGUUUGAAAUAAAACAAUCGGACUGGGAAAUUUUAACUGAAGAACUAGCUGCAAAAUCCUAAAGGAAAUCAGUAAAUAAAGACUGGAGUAUUUUUCAUUUCAUUUCGUUAACACUUUGAGAAACAAUUUUUUGUUAUGCAUUGAGUUUAGUGUUGUAAACUAUGGUGUUCAUUAAAAACAAUAGUGCUUUUAUUUAGCCGUGAGGUUCAUGCUGCGACAUUCUUCUUCUCGUUAAUGAGAAAAGACUCUCAAAUGGCUUGGAGCUUUGUUAGAGCACGGUUGUGAAUGAGUCGAUUGUAUACCGACUGAACAGUUUAAGCCAUUUUCUUACUCCUUUGAUUCUGAAAAGUGAUUAGCAUCUUGAAGAAGAUCUAAAUCAAUCACACAAGCAAGGUACCCGUAAAAUAAUCGAAGAGACUUGUGUUACGGACCUGAUUCCAUAUUUUUCGAAUAGCUCUCAGUAUCAAGUUUAACGUAUACAAUUAUAUCCUUUUAUACAUCAGCAUCCUAGUUUCCUUGCAAUAAGAAUGCGUUCCUAGUGUACUGGUGACAUGAAUAAAAAAGAAAAUAUCAAAUAGACCAGAGGAUGAACUUGAUUUAACACCAAUUUCUAGGCGGUCGAUAGGCAACGUUUAGUACACAAAAUGACGGUGAAUAACACGCAGUAAGGACUUGACAUUUACAACACGGAUAACAUUGUGAUUCUAAUUACUGCGUUAUCUCGUGGCCUGUGGCAUUGUGUCUUGUUUUAAGCCAAGAAACGUUUCUCUCACAGCGUCUCUAUACCAAGGGGUGCUGGAUACCAGUGAAAAAUCACGGACCCCUAACCAGACAUAAUGCCAUAGGGGGAAGGACAGGGGAGUGAACCUAUGAUAAAUUAUCAUUUUUUCAGGGUUUAGCAUAUCCCCCGCAGUCUGGGGGAGAUAAAAAUCGAGCAGUUUUCAAAACGUCCUCCAGGUACAAUUGUCAGUGACGUCAACAAUUUUUACACAACAAAAUCAUUUGGAAAGAGAGAUACGUGGAUCUUUCUAAAACGAUGCGGCGAAAUGGAUUAAAUUCUAGCACAUUGAUGCAGGCGAGAACACCGUGUUUUAAAUUUGAUUGCAAAGUUAUCAGCAAAAUUUAGUGGCAGUUUUUAACAUCUAGCAUGCAUUAACACCAUGCUAAACUUGAAGGAUUUUAUUCAAUACAAUUAUAUAAAAUCUUUUGAAAAAUGCGCUAAAUUACAUUUUGAGUGAGUUUGCAAACCUUAGUAUAAGGAUAGAUUCCGCAUCUUUGAAAUUACCGCCGUAUUGAAGCGGGGCUGGAGGAAAACUAAGAGGAAAAUAGUUUAAGUACCCCACUCUACAUCUGCCCUACAGCUUUCCGUCUCAUUAUGUUGGACAAGCAGAAUGUCUACCACUUUUCACCAUAUAGUCAUUUUUAUCUCAAGCCCAUGUAAAUCCCUGUAACACAGACUAGGCGUGCCUCCCUAAAGUACAUGCGUGCUUUAAAAAAACACAAGACUCUAAAAAACUCAGCCUUUAUAUAAUUUCUAAUGCCUUUUAACAAACGAUUUGGCUGAAUUUGUUAAAGAUGUAAUUGAGAGUCCUAAGCAAAUAUUUUUGGGCUGAAACAUCCUUGCAACCAAAUGAUUGGCCCGGGGGAUUCUGUUGACGCCUUUCGUGGGCGAAUUCCAUAGAGAUGUUUAAAUUACCUUUGUUUUCAUUGCCAUUUAGCUUUGCAAGGUCAACCAAAUGUGUAAUGUUCCUGUGGGAUCUCAAGUGUGAAAUUUCAAAUCGCGGACUUGCAAACCAAAAUUAAAAACAUAACAAUUUUUCGUUGAAAAUUAUGGAUUUUAAGACUGACUGCAUGGAAUAUUUUGUUUCUCCUUUAGUGAGCGUAGUUUACUCACCUGCUAAGAGAGGUCCCAAAGUGUUACGAAACGUGAUCGUUUAAGCGCGCUAUUUACCAAUUAAGUGCGUGCCGCAAAGAGUUACAUGACACUCUGUCAAUCCUAUAGCUACCUGGUGGCACGAUGAAAGUGAUAUUAUCCGAAACGAAUUAACGCUUUAAGGAAAAUCAUUAGUUCAGAUAUUCCGAACCAGACCGCUAAGUCUAGCCAAUUAACAGUAUUGUCAAGGCGGUGACACUUCACAAGCCUUACAAAACUGCCGCAAAGCAUAAAUUGUAUUUUAUGUGCGUAGAAAUUCUAAGAGAUUUUCUUGAAGGCCGCUGUAACAUAAUUCGCUUGAUUUAUCCCUUUACCACCUGUUAUUCCAUGACGUACUGAAAAUGAAUAAAUCACCGACAUGUAGGCAAGGAUAAAAACAAAAUUAGUUGGUAGCAUUGUUUAAUUUUCGUCGAGGCUGUGAAUAUAACCCGGUUUAAAGGGAAGCGAGUGUACCAGUGAUAUAGAUUUCUGAGGAUUGGAGGAGAACUUUGCUCAGGUGCGUAAGGUUUACAGGGGUUGAAUGAAAAGUAAAACGGUGAACUUUCGGGUCCAUAUUUCCUGCUCUGGAUAGUUCUUAUGUUUAACACAGCUUUGGUGGAAAUCUGGAUAUAAAAUUAAAUUUCUGUUGUUUUAUAACCUUCAUCAGUUACACAGGUAAAUACAAAACUACGGUAAAUUUCUUGUCAACAAAUUUCUGCCCUCAUUAUCCGCUAAACAUAGACUAUUAUAUUGUACUGAAAAAUAAAAAUCACUCAAGUUUGUAGAUCUAAGGCUUUGUCAAUAAAAUCUACCAUUCCGACGCCGUGGACAACGUUACAUAGAAACGCGUUUAACGCCUUGGUUUGCUUUAUCAAUAUGCAACUCAAAGACACCUACAAUUGAGAAUAAAAAAGUCUAAUUUUAUCAGACGCUUGGUAAAACCUAAUGUUAAGAAACUGUAGCUCUUUGUAAUUAUUUUGCUGAACCUGAGAAGUUUCCAGUGGUGUUUAAUUUUGUUAAGACUGUGGGCAGGAACUGGCUGGUUUUGUAUACAAAAACUGGCUGGACUUAUCUCGAACAAGUUCGAUACCUCUCACUUACAAGACUGAGAUAUCCAGGCAAUAACUUGCACUGUGAAACAACAUUGUGCAUUUCGAAAGCUCGUCUUGCAAAAUUUAUCACAGCGAAAAUUGUUUUCAGUAUUUUUGUUAGUAUUUAUUAUUUUAAAACAAGUUCGACGUUUUAUUUGCUUUUAUUAGCUUUUAGAAGUGUCCUUUCAGUACAUGACAUAGCAUAUUUUCACUUCAUGUUGUAUACUUCAUUUUUUUUUUCUUAUGUUUUGCAAGCAUAAUAAUUUCUGUGAAUUAAUUUCCAAAAAUAUCUCAGUUCCCUUAAAUUAUCUAUAUUGUGUUCUCCAACUACAAAGCACCAUCGUCACUGUUACGCGAGACAACCCUCCCUGCCAAAUUGCAGCACCAUAUUAUUUUCUAAAUUUAAUUCACAAAUGUAGGUGACAUUUAAUUCUUGCGGGUAGUUGGACAUUUUGAAACACGACACCAGAAUACAUGCAAAGAAAAUUUCCAUUAUCGUUUAAUUGCCCAACCGUUACGUCGGAAACAUACAGUUGUUUAAGUUUCGACGUCAGAAAAGCGGUUGCCAAUAGAUUCUUUGGUUAAUAUUGGAAUUAAGAUACGUGAAAUGAAUGCAGCGCUCCCUUUAAUAAUAGGUUAAUUUCCACCUGUUCUUCAGUUGAUUGCGUGCUAAUGAUCAUUCACGGAAACCAGGAAAGCAAAACACGGAAUAAUUUCACUCAGAGAGUUGUGAGAACGUGUUUCUGCUUGGCUGUCCACGCUAACAGGAGGACGCUAUUUCAUUAUAGGGGACGAAAUGCCUGUUGGACGAAGAGGACUUGUGGUGCCUCAAAACACUUUUCUGGAAAAUGUUGUUCGGCGCUCGAAUGGCCUUCACUCGUUAUUCGUUCUUGGAAAUGCUCAAAUCAUAGAGAACCCUAUCGUAUACUCAAGUGACGGGUUUUGCAAGUUCACGGGUUUUACACGAGCAGAAGUUAUGAAGAAGAACUGCGACUGCAGUUUCCUGUAUGGUCAGCAGACAGACCCUGAGACUAUUAGGGAGCUCCAUAAUGCCUUGCAGGCUAAGACUGCGAUCCAAAAAGAGUUUAUUGCAUAUAAGAAAGAUGGCACACCAAUGUGGGUUCUUUUUCAUCUUGGACCAAUAAAGAACGAGAAAGGCGAAGUGAUGUUGUUUCUCGUCACAUUAAAAGACAUCACAGAAUACAAGGAUCCUAUAGUGGGCACAGACAAUGGAGGACCGAAAGGCUGGGCGCGACUGAAUAAAACUCUCACACGACACAAAUCAGUUCUUGUCGCAUUCAAACAGAAAACAUCGACACAGAGAAAUGCUCAGCAAAUCAGCAGUCUCAUGUCCCUGAAUGAUGAAUUAUUACCAGACUACAAGCUCGACGUACCACAUACUCCACCGAGAGUCAUUCUGCACUACACCACCUUCAAAACAACUUGGGACUGGAUUAUUUUGUUCCUGACACUGUACACCACCAUCUCGGUGCCUUUCCUCGUUUGCUUUGCGUUCGAACACAAAGCCGUGUCCAUCAUUGACCUGUUUGUUGAUUGGCUGUUUCUUGCCGACAUUGCUUUGAACUUUCACACAACCUAUGUAGGUAAGGAUGGCGAGGUGAUCGAUGAUCUUAAGAUGAUACGCUGGAAUUAUAUGCGGAGUUGGUUCUUUUUGGACUUAGUCUCCUCGCUGCCUUAUGGCGUCCUAGCUUUUAUAACCAAGGAUUCGGAAACGAACGCCACAACUCUGCUCGGAUUUCUAAAAGUAUUUCGUCUUUUACGACUGGGACGGGUUGCAAGGAAAAUUGAUAAAUACCUGGAGUAUGGAGCUUCCACGUUCUUUCUUCUUAUGCUUUCAUUCUGCCUGGUAGCUCACUGGAUGGCUUGCAUCUUCUACUUAAUCGCUACCGGAUAUGACAAAUACGAACCUCACGGCUGGCUUCAGGCUCUGGGUCGGACCGUUGGGGAGCCUUACAAAUUAAAGAAUGGGACAGAUGACGUUGAUCCGACAACCGGUCCUACUAUUCCUUCGAAGUAUGUGUCGGCACUUUACUACACACUGACCAGCCUUACGACGAUCGGGUUCGGAAAUAUAGCGCCCAACACAACAGCUGAGAAACUGUUUGGCUGCAUCACUAUGUUGCUGGGAGCGAUUCUUUUCUCCUUAAUUUUUGGUCAAGUCUCGGCCAUACUUCAACAAGCACAGAAAAACACCGCCAAAUACCACUCAAUCAUCGACAACAUGAAGCAAUUUAGUAAACUGUACAAGCUGCCAACCGAACUCGCUACAAGGACCAUUGAUUUCUUCAUGUCCACGUGGGCAAUGAACAAAGGAAUUGACACAGAUGAGGUUUUAAAAUACUGUCCUAAAGAUCUCCAAGCAGACAUCUGCGUCCAUCUCAACAGAAUUAUUCUCGAGAACAAUCCCGCGUUUCGGGACGCAAACACGGGAGUCAAGCGCGCGGUCGCGCGAAACUUCUGGAUCUCGCACGUGGCACCUGGUGAUCGAAUCAUUCAUCACGGAGAAAGUUUGGAUGUGCUUUACUUUAUCGCACGCGGAUCUCUCGAAGUCAAACAGGGAGAUACUGUUGUAGGUUUGUUAGGUGAGAAUGACGUAUUUGGAGACGACAUAUGCCAUGAGUCCACAGUCGGCCAGUCAGCGGUAGACGUGUUAGCACUAACAUACUGUGACCUUCACUGGAUUCAAAGAGAUGCGCUAAUCGAGGUCCUGGAGUUCUACCCGGAGUUUGCGAAUAAAUUCACCAAGAACCUUGUGUUAUCCUACAAUUUAAGAGACGAGCUCAAGAUUCGUAAGCGCACCCCUCGGUUGGAAAUGGCCAACGAGGACCAACAUGACAACAGACCACCAAGUGUGUCUGCUUUUCGGUCAAGAAGACAAAAUAGAAAGCUGAGUUUGGUGGAGGAAUUGGCGCAGAAUUACGAGUUUGACGACAAUCAGGUUGACGGUGGAGAAACAAGUGACGCGGAAAUCGACAUGAUGGUCAUCCCGAAAUCACGAACAAAAAGUAUGACUUCAAACGUUGUACGAGCGCGCCCCGAUGUUCCAGAAUCGGGCACCGACGUGCUGUCGAGUUUGUCCGAAAUGAAAGGCGAAGUGCGCCGAGAAAUCGAAGUCAUGAAUAUGAAAAUGACGCAACUAGAGGAACAAAUUUCCACGAUUCUGUCAAUUUUAAAAAGCCAGGGACAUUUGCAUAGCCCGCGGGGUUACGGAUCUCCCAGGGAUAGUAUCGACAAAGGACGGAUGUCGUCUACUUCGUAUCUUAACGAUACAUCUCUCCAAGAGGAGGCUCCGAGCAAGACAAAAACUGAGGAAGAACCAUUACCGGAUUGGCUUGCUCCGUCUGGGUCCCCUGUGGCUCGAACCAAUAGCGUUCCAGACUGGGACAACACUUCCACGCAGGCGCAGGAAGACAACUCGGCCCAGGCUGCUAACUUGUUGAACAACCAGUCAGGUCAAAGCGCAACUGCCGACGCGGAUCCAAGACUAUUGCAGACGCUCAAUCUUUUCAAAAGAGCCGGAAAAAAAUAAGAUACGUCAAAAUCACACGUCUACAGCAAGUGUACAGGCAAAGAGUGAAACUAGGAGUAGCAUACGUGACAAACAGCCUGGAGAUAACAAAGUUCUUUGGAGGAGUGUUGACAUUAGCGUGGUUUAAAGAUGACUGAAGUAUUGUUCAAGUUAGUGAGCCACAAAGUGUGUAGAGAGAUGGCAGACUCGUCAGUUCAGAGAUGACAACGUUGUAGAGACGAAAGAAGACAAGGAAUUCUCGCCGAAUUCGUAGAAUAGACGAUAUUCUCAAAGACAGAGAAAGAAAAAAACUGGACCAUCCACAGUGCUAGCCAAAUGUUAAACAGAGGGUUUGGACACAUUGUUCGCAAGCCAGCGAGUUGGCUUUAUUCAUGUAGUUACAUUCUAAAUUUUCCAUGAGUUUUUCAUGGCACCACUCACAGCAACUGCGCAGGCGCAGCAUUCAGUACAUAGUGGAGAAUACACGCACCCGGAUUUUCAGCAUAUUGCGAUCAUUCCACGUCAAUUGACGUUAUCAGCGAAAGCUGGCUUGCAUAUUAAGUCAUGGAGAAUUACUUCGCCUGACGCUGUAUGCAUACUUAAGUGUGUAAACCCCCUCCCUCCUGGUGUAAGAUAAUCACCAUGGACAUGAUCCCAAAAUGACGAAAAUAUGACCCGGGUGUACUUACUCCAUAAUGCAGAAUCUAGCAAUGUUUCAUUUAUUUUACACAGUGAAAUCCCGAUUUUUCGAACCCUCCAAGGGAAACGAAAAUUAAGUGGAAAA